AUGGACAGGAAGGCCCCCAAGCCCCCGAACGAUGAAGUUGUGUCAUGGCGACAGUCCCUCAAAAAACUUCUGGAGUGUAAAACAGGGCAGUUGGCCUUCAGAGAGUUCCUGAAGACAGAGUACAGCGAGGAGAACAUCUUGUUUUGGCUGGUCUGUGAGGAGUACAAGACCAUCACCUCCAACACUGAGAUGGCUGAAGCAGCGAAGAGAAUCUACACAGAGUUUGUACAGGUCGACGCCCCCAGACAGAUAAACAUCGACUGUGAGACCAGGCAGGAGAUUACAAACAGCAUGUCUCAGCCGACCCUGAGCUGCUUCGACAAGGCACAGAGAGUGAUAUACAAGCUGAUGAAAAAGGACAGUUAUCCCAGAUUCCUGAAAUCUGAAAUCUAUCAGGCUCUUUUAGAACCAUCAGACGCCAGCUGAGGUUCCAGGACCAGGUGAAGAAUAAUACCUGUCUACAACCAUCGGGCUGUGGGCUGACAGUGAUUCAACUCUCUCUUCUCUAACUACCUGUCCAUGUUAGUUCAGCGUGGUUUAACUUUGGGCUGGAGCACAAAACACAGGGCUCCUGCUCAGCAGUCUCUCUAAUGAUAAUUCAUCAUCUAGCUUAGUGGCUCCCAAUCGUGUUCUAUUAUUGUAAGGCGGGAUAAUCUAUCCAUAUAAAAA